UUGGUUGGCCAUUUGCCAGAGAUUCUGAAGCGGUAAUUUCCCUCUUUCCGUCGUCCCGCCCACGGAUCUCCAUACCAUCUCUCUUCAGCAGCCAACUUGGAGAGCAAGACGUCCGGAGACCGAUGAGGAGGGAGAGGGAGUCACAAGCAGGGAGUGUGUUGUUUGUUAUAUAUUUAUACGUAUGACAGCCUUCCCCAGAGCGUUGGCGAGGAGAGUAAAGAAACAGAUUCUCCGCCAGGCGUCUCGCUUGCACUUGCAGGCGCGCGUGCACAUUCUGAGUCCAGCCGCGCGCUUUGACCGACCAGCCGCGAGAGCUACGGUCUCUUCCCUCCCGCGCUCUUCGCCGGCUCGUUCCCGUCGAAGAUCUUCGCCUCAGGUGAGAAUCCAUGAUGUUCUGGAGUAACUUCUCGCUUUCCUCCAUAUCAUCGAUUUCUUGCUUCCCUUUUCUGUAGCUAAGAAUUGAGAAAACAGAGAAUCUGUCGUUUUCUUUGGAAAACAAAUUUCCGUUCUCGAGUAUAUCGUGACCCAUUAUAAAAAGAAAUCUUCCUUAUUACGGGUUCUCCUUGAAUUCUCUAGUUUCCCUGUGAAAUCUCAUAAGUCGUUGAGAAUGUCGUCUUGUUAGUUCUACAUUCCAUCGUCCUUUAUUCUGCUUGCCGUUGUUUCACUCCGACUGUCGAGUUCUAGUCUAGUGCGUCAUGGAUUUGAAAGAGACUAACUACUACUAUGUCGGGGCCCUCGUUCUGGUCACGGUUGUUGUGGCGAAGCUUAUCUCUGCUUUGCUUUUCUCCGGAUCUAAAAAGAAGAUUCCUCCUACUGUUAAGGCUUUUCCUGUUGUAGGAGGACUCAUUAGGUUCAUGAAAGGCCCGAUUGUGAUGAUCCGAGAGGAAUAUAGGAGGCUCGGUAGUGUGUUCACUGUGAAUCUCUUGCACAAGAAGGUGACAUUUCUUAUUGGUCCUGAAGUCUCUUCUCACUUCUUUAAGGCAGUAGAGACGGAUCUUAGCCAGCAAGAGGUGUAUCAGUUCAAUGUGCCUACUUUUGGGCCUGGCGUGGUCUUUGAUGUGGACUAUUCAGUGAGGCAGGAACAGUUUAGAUUCUUCACUGAAGCUCUCAGGGUAACCAAGUUAAAAGGAUAUGUGGAACAGAUGGUUGUAGAAACAGAGGACUAUUUUUCAAAAUGGGGCAAGGAAGGCAUUGUUGAUCUAAAAUAUGAGCUUGAACACCUUAUCAUCCUAACUGCAAGCAGGUGCCUUCUCGGUCGAGAAGUGAGGGAUAAAUUGUUUGAUGAUGUCUCUGCCCUCUUUCAUGACCUGGACAAUGGCAUGCAGCCAAUCAGUGUGAUCAUGCCUUACCUCCCAAUUCCUGCCCACCGCCGCAGAGACCGUGCAAGAAAGAGGCUCGCUGAUAUCUUUGCCAGCAUCAUUUCUGCCCGCAAAGUCUCAGGCAGGUCCGAGAAUGAUAUGUUGCAGAGCUUCAUUGAUUCCAAGUACAAAGAUGGCAGGCCAACCACAGAUGGUGAGAUCUCAGGCCUUCUGAUUGCAGCUCUUUUUGCUGGCCAGCAUACCAGCUCCAUCACCUCGACCUGGACAGGAGCAUACCUGCUCAGCCACAAGGAGUACCUCGCAGCUGUUGAGGAUGAGCAGAAGGAAAUGAUGAAGAAGCAUGGCGAUCUGAUAAAUCAUGAUAUUCUCUCCGAAAUGGAUGUGUUAUACCGGUGCAUAAAAGAAGCACUGAGGCUCCAUCCACCAUUGAUCAUGCUUCUGCGCUGCUCGCACUCUGAUUUCUCAGUGACAACACGCGAAGGCAAAGAUUAUGACAUUCCCAAGGGCUCUAUAGUAGCUACCUCACCUUCCUUUGCCAACAGAUUACCGCACAUCUACAAGGACCCUGACAGCUAUGAUCCAGACAGGUUUGCCCCUGGGAGGGAAGAAGACAAGGUAGCCGGUGCAUUCUCAUACAUUUCAUUUGGAGGUGGUAGACACGGUUGUCUUGGGGAGCCAUUUGCCUACCUGCAGAUCAAGACCAUAUGGAGCCAUCUGCUGAGGAAUUUUGAGUUUGAGCUGUUAUCUCCUUUCCCAGAGACCGACUGGAACGCCAUGGUUGUGGGAGUGAAGGGCAACGUGAUGGUCAAGUACAAGCGGCGACAGCUCUCGGUCAACUGAACCUUGGGCAAGACAUGCCUGUGAGGGGAGCAGAAUGUUUUUGUUUCUGGGUGUUGAACUAUCUCUAUCUUGUCUGUUUGUUUAGCUUUUAUGAUGUUUAAUUGAUCUCCGGAUCGCUGUGCAUUUCUUUGGUUCGAGACAUAGGUUUAAAUUUUUCUUGCUUGAUAGCAAGGUUUAGAUUUCCCGGCUUUGCUGAAGCCAGAAUUCGGGCCUCAAAGAUGUAAGGUACUAGCUGUCUUGCUGAUCUGGUUGGAACUUGUUUCUUUUGAUGCUGA